UUAUACCAUCAAUGCAAUCACCGCAAUGGUAUGACAGAUAUAUCGCAAAAGAUCCUGGUAGUUUGACAGAUAAUUCUAAUAAAUAUAUAGGCAUAGCUAGACUUAGACAAAAACGAGCAGAUAACAUAAGUUGCACAAUACCAUCGUCCAUGAAAUUUGCAACCAACUCCUGCGUGUCGCCCUUUUCGACUGGUCCGGAAUAUAGAACUUUCAGUCAAAAGUGGGGGCAUGUAUCAGGGCUAGAUGGUUUUUCUAGAUUGGAAUUUAUUUGGGAUUAUCAAAAUGUUUUGAAAACUGGAACUUUGGGGUAUACAGGUAAAUUCGCUAGUUACUCAGGUGGAGGCUAUGUAGCUCCUUUAGGAAGAACAAUGAGAAAUUCGUACAUAAAUUUCAGAUUUUAUAAAAGAAAUGUUUGGAUAGAUGAACGGACUAGAUGUUUAUUUAUUGAAUUCCUCACCUAUAGCGCAAACUCGAAUUUAUUUAAUAACGUAAAAAUAAUAUUUGAAAUAAGCCCGAGCGGUUAUAUCCUUCCUAAUUACCGAGCUCAAACUGCCAAGUUGUUGCUGGUGGGAGAAGAAUCGAAUGCGUUCACGUUGAUAGUAUUAAUCUUUUUUUCAUUAAUAGUGAUAUCACUGAGUAUAAGAUCGAUAAACGAUAUAAGAAAAAAGAAGGCAAUCGUUUUUAAAGAUUUUUGGCGCUUAGUUGACAUCGUGUUAAUAACUAUGACUCUAAUUUGUCUUUUUUUAUACCUUAAAAGAAGCCAUGAAGUAGGAGAGUUUCUAAACAGAGUUAAACAAGCUAAACAUAAUAAGUUCAUCAACUAUUUUUAUUUGUUUUACGCGGAAUCUGCUCUAACAACCUUAGCUGCUAUUUUAGUAUUUUUAGCCACAUUCAGGCUAUGGAAACUUCUUAGAUUUAUGGUUAUCAUUAAGGUUGUGGAAAAAACUUUGGAUAUUGCUGCUAAAUUUCUAUUAUUUUAUAUAACUCUGAUAACAAUAUACUACGGGGAAGCCCAACGUUUAUACUCUGACCAACAAGAGUACAAUGUUUUAAAUUACGUAAAAGGGCAGUGCUAUUAUUAUAAAGAGCUGGCGAAAGUUAAAUUUAGAAAAUGUCGAUUGAAAGGUGGCCAAGAUGAGAAUUGGGAACGAAAGAAGCACGUUUUUCCUAAAUCUGAUGAACAUAGAUACGCUAAAUGUUUGACAUUGGAAAAAUGUAAACUUAGAGCGAUGAGGCAAAUAGCUUUAGAUUGUUUAAGAAAUUUUAAACCUAAAGCGAAGUUUACUGAAGAAGACGCGGAGCUAAUUAAAGGGACUAUUGUUCAAAUGUUCAAAACUUGUAAUGAUGAAAGCAAAGCCAUUUUCUUUUUGAGUAACUUGGUGGGAUGGAAAACUAAAUUGAUCGAUGAUGAAAAAUUCUUAAAAAUGGAAAACAUAUUGAACAUAUUGUUGGAUUCACGCCCCAAAAUAGAUGAAAGCAAUACUAUACCAACCACAGGAUUGCAAGCCGCGUGA